GAGAGAGAGAGAGAGAGAGAGAGAGAGAGAGAGAGCUUUACUUCCCUUGCAGAUUUCGAUGAAUCUCUCUUAUCAUUAAAUCUCAGCGUGUGAAUCCUACCAUCUUCAACGGCCGAGAUCUACUUGUCUUCUUAUCGUACGGCUAGGGCCAGCUUGUCGCCCUCUUCUACUACGGCACAAAUUGUACAUCUUGAUUGAUUGGGUGAUGGAACCUAAUGGUCAUAGGAAAACAAAAAGGGAUCGCACUGUGCAAGAAAAUAGUGUUAUGAUCUCAUCAAAUUAUGCUGAACUGGAUCCAUGGACUGCAUGGGCAUACAAGCCUCAUACUAUUUCCUUUCUAUUUAUUGGUGCAUGUUUUCUUAUUUGGGCAAGCGGAGCUCUUGACCCAGAGAACAGUUCUUCUGAUGAUCGUGUUAGAUCUGUGAAGAGGGGUGUAUGGGCAAUGAUUGCGGUAUUUCUAGCUUAUUGCUUGCUUCAAGCACCAUCAACAGUGCUUAUUAGGCCACAUCCUGCAAUAUGGCGCUUGGUUCAUGGGAUGGCAGUUGUUUACCUCGUGGCACUUACAUUUUUGCUCUUUCAGAAUCGUGAUGAUGCUCAGCAGUUCAUGAAAUUUCUACAUCCUGAUCUUGGUUUUGAACUUCCUGAAAGAUCGUACGGAUCGGAUUGCCGAAUUUACAUUCCGGACAAUCCCACAAACAGGUUUAAGAAUGUUUAUGAGACCUUGUUUGAUGAAUUUGUUCUAGCUCAUAUUUUUGGAUGGUGGGGCAAGGCCAUAAUGAUUCGCAGUCAGCCCCUUCUCUGGGUAUUGUCCAUUGGGUUUGAGUUAAUGGAGCUGACAUUUCGUCACAUGUUACCAAACUUCAAUGAGUGCUGGUGGGACAGUAUCAUACUGGAUAUCUUAAUCUGCAAUUGGUUUGGUAUCUGGGCUGGAAUGCGUACUGUCCGUUACUUUGAUGGCAAAACAUAUGAGUGGGUCGGUAUAAGUAGACAACCAGAUAUGAUUGGCAAGGUUAAAAGGACGUUAGAACAGUUCACACCAGCACAGUGGGACAAAGAUGAGUGGCAUCCUUUGCUUGGUCCAUGGCGGUUCAUACAAGUUCUCAGCCUUUGCAUUGUGUUCUUGACAGUAGAGCUCAAUACCUUUUUCCUCAAGUUCUGUCUUUGGAUUCCUCCUCGGAACCCUUUGAUUGUGUAUAGGUUGGUCUUGUGGUGGCUGAUCGCAAUUCCAACAAUUCGUGAGUACAAUUCGUACCUACAGGAUAGAAAACCAAUAAAGAAGGUAGGGGCAUUUUGUUGGCUUUCCCUUGCCAUAUGCAUAGUAGAGCUCCUUAUAUGCAUCAAGUUUGGCCAUGGCUUAUUUCCCAAUUCAAUGCCUGUGUGGUUGGUAGUCUUCUGGGUAUCUGUGGGGUUAGCUUUGAUGAUAUUCCUGAUCGUGUGGUCUUGGCAGUUGCAUCGAACUUUGGGUAGAAAAAGGAUAUGAAUUUUCCUUUGGAGUACAUUUUUGUGUUUUAUUUAAUAGAUAUCCGUCCAGUUUGUACAUAUCUAUCACCUUAAUGAUCUGUAAAUUUUAUGCCGUUAUUUUGUUGUAGAGGGAGGCAAUCUAGUAUGUUGAGAAUGGUUGAUUUUU